UAAAAGUCAAAAACAGUUGACCACUCUCUCUUCCGCCUUUAAUCGAAAUCGGACGAAAAUGGGAAAACGCGACAAGAAACCAAAUCGGCGUCGCCACAAAGGAGAGUUCUCGAACGACGGCGAAGAUUUCUACGAUCAACACCCUCCGGCUGCUGCCUCCGUAGACGAAGAUGAAGAAAACUCUGAGGAAGAAGAAGAAGAAAACGAGGAAAACGACGAGCUUCAGCCAUCGGAUUUGCCCUCGAAGUUCCUUCUCUACCAACAAUCGGUUCAGUCACCAAAAGGAGACAUAAGCUACUUGCAGAAGUUCUUUUUGAUGUAUGUGGGUGGAAGGCAGCCUCUCCAUUUCCAAGAAGAUUUCUGUGGAACUGCUCUUUUAAGUGCGGAGUGGCUGAAGACUGACACAAGAAGGACUGCUAUAGGGCUAGAUUUUGACCUUGAGGCACUAGAAUGGUGCAUGGAUAACAACAUAAGUAAGCUUGGUGCUGACGGGUAUUCAAGAAUGUCGCUUUUCCAUGGUAAUGUCUUGGCCCCUGAUGAGGCUAAGCUAGUGAAAUCCGAAUCACACGAGCUGAUACAGAACAUCAGCUUGGAUGAUGGGGAUAGUGAAGAUUUGGUUGAUCCUUGUGCUGAAUCGUUAGAGAAAGAUGGACCUGAUUCAUUACCGAAGAGGGAUAUAGUGUGUGCUUUCAAUUUUAGUUGCUGUUGUCUCCACAAACGCUCGGAGUUGGUUUUGUACUUCAAGAAUGCACGUAAAGCUUUGUCAAAGAGAGGCGGUAUUUUCGUGAUGGAUCUAUAUGGAGGUGCUUCUGCUGAGGGACAGUUGAAGCUUCAACGGAAAUUCCCAAGUUUCACGUAUACAUGGGAGCAGGCUGAGUUUGACAUUGUAAGCCGCAAGACAAGGAUCAGUCUGCAUUAUCACCUUCAGAAGCAGAACAGGAAGAUUCGCCAUGCUUUUUCAUAUAGCUGGAGACUGUGGUCAUUGCCGGAGAUAAAGGACUGUAUGGAGGAAGCAGGGUUUAGAUCAGUCCAUUUUUGGCUCAGAGAAAUGCCAGACGCUUCUGAAAUGCGUAGAACAGAUGGGUUUGGUGCGGGACGUGAUAUCAAGUACGAAGAAGUCAAGAGCUUUCCACAGUGCGAUGCUUGGAAUGCUUACAUUGUUGCGGUUAGUCUCUAAGUUUUGUGUACCAAACAAAACCUUUAUGGUUUGAGUCCUUAACCGAAUCCAUAGCCGUUUUGGAAACUAUGCGUAGAGAAUCAAUCAGUUAUGCAACUCUACUUUAAGCCUUUUUAAAUCAGAUU